CGUUGCAACGUUCAUAUCAAGCAAACAGAAAAGCAAGGAAACCUUAAAGGGUUCCCAAAGGAACUUAAACCAAGAAAAAAGAACACCCGAAACCAAAACUUAGCAGCCUACCAGCUUAACAGCAGCCAAAUUGAAACAAAAUGAAAGGCUACCAAAUGUCCUCAGGCCUAUGCCUGAUUGUUCUCAGUGUUUUUGCUUUGCAAACGCAAUUCGCCACAGCUUCGUAUUCGAUGAGUGAGACAUGCCAACAAUACUCAGAAGGUUAUAUUGCCAAUCCCGAUAAUUGCCAAGGUUAUGGAUAUUGUCGCGGCGGAGUUUUGAUAGGAACUGGUACCUGCAAAGAUGGCUUCCUUUACGAUUCUAAUGGUGGCAUCUGUGACUAUGCGGCUAAUGUGACCUGCAUGAGCAAACUCGAGAGUACCUGCAGUGUAGUUGGCGAUCCUGUGUACGUGGCCGAUCCUGACGAUUGCACCCGUGCUUGUUAUUGCAACAAUGGCAAAUACAGCUGCACCUCUUGUCCCCAAUACCAAGUUUUCAAUCCCAACACCAGAUCAUGCGUCUACAGUAGCCAAUACUCUUGCCCCGCAAGCUCUAUUUGUCGUUUGGUGCCCAACAACAAGUUCGUAGGAGAUCCAAAUAAUUGCGGCAACUUCAUACAAUGUGUUGGCGGUGCCGGCCUCAGUCAACUCUGCCCCAAUAACUUGCAUUACAACGCCGUUACAGGCUAUUGCGCCACUGAUCCUCCAAACUGUGGAAAUUCCCCCCCUUCGCCCACUCCACCAUCGGCAGGUCCAGGCGUUCUGCAAAACUUGCCGACUAAUUCCACGGCCUGCUUGAACUACAAGACUCCCCCAAGCGGAAAUUCUUAUUUCGUUUCAGAUGGCACUACGUGCAUGGGUUUUUAUGUUUGUGAUAAUACUGACGGACCUGGUACAUGGUACAAAUGUCCCUUCCUUACCCAUUUCGAUGAAGAGGAACAAAAAUGUGUCACCCCAUAUUCGGUGCGUUGCCCCUACGAUCGCUGCGGCAAUCUUAACCAAACUUUUGUCGCCGAUUUGGGAUGCACAUCCUAUUCGUAUUGCAUCACACAAACGAAACAAAAUUUCGGUGGUAAUACUUGCAAAGCUGUGAAUUUCAACUAUCAAUACUUUAAUGAGGUCGCAUCAGCCUGUGUCAAUCAGGAUCCCGCAUACCCGAUUUGUACGUCGAGCUAAGAGAGAGAUGAAAAU